CGCACUUUUGCAUUCAGACCACAGUCGCGGAGCACAAACGACGCACAAACAGUAAGGAAGAGCUGCCCCCCUCUCCUGUCAGCGAGAGAGGCCUCACGUACAUGCGUUGGGUUUGUGAGUUCACCUGAUGUCAACACCCUGAGGGGAUGGGAGGUUCUGCAAAAAUCAAGACCCAGUAACAGCAGAGACCUCAGUUGAAACCCUCAGCUACAUCUGUGACCAUCCCCAUGUUCCUGCAGAGUACUGAAUAGCUCACUCCAAAAACACUGUUGUAGAGCUAAGAGGAAAGGACUUAUUUCCAAUAUGGAGGGCAUAGCAGUGCAGAACCUAAUAGACUUUGACCUGCCCUCAGAGGCCACAGCUCUUUGUGUAGAUGCAGGCCAACACAAAGGCCACACAGACAUUUUCUCCCCAGAGCCAGUAUCUUCCAUGGGAGUCCAACAGCAGCCCCUACUGCCAGAACCCUUGGCACCCAUGAAGCCCAGCUCUCACCACCACCAGGAAGGAGGCAAUGACAGCGACGCCACAGAGUCAGCAGACAGCGAGAAUGACAUGGACCCGCCCUCUCAUAUGUGGGAGCUGAGGAGGUCAUCGUCUUCAUCUGCUCACAGUCGGGAGGAUGUUGACGCUGAGACAGAGGAGAGGAGGCAGUUCAUGAAGGCUUAUGUGGAAAAGGUGUUUCAUGGAAAGGAGGACUUUGACCAGGAAGAGAAGGCUCAUUUUGGAGAACUGUGCAGUGGAGAGACUGGUAAAGGCAGGGAGUGGUUUGCCAAAUACGUAAGCGCACAGCGCUGCCACUCUAAAUGUGUGAGUGAAGCCACCUUCUACAGACUGGUGCAGUCUUUUGCAGUUGUACUGUUUGAAUGUUACCAGAUGGAUGACUACAGCCCAGCCAAAAACCUCAUGACUAUGUGCUUCACAUACUACUACAUUGGGAAGUCUCAGCCAUCUCCGUCAGAGCUGCUGGAUCGUGGUGGUCCUCCAGUUGGUCUGGACUCAUACCUCAAUAAGGCCAACUCCUGGCUGUCUGGAAAAAAAGAUGCUGCUGAGCGCCUUCUUAAAAACACAUCGAAGACUGACGUCAAAGGCUUCUUUGGAGGCCUAGAGAGCAAGCUCAGGAGCUCAAUGGCCCCCAAGACUGAGGAAGGGGAAAGCCCAGUUGACACAAAGCCCAAAUCACCAGUGUCUGAGGCUCCAGAGGAAAAGAAAGGAGAGAAGGUGUACCUGUACACACACCUGAAGCAGCAACCCAUCUGGCAUACGCUAAGAUUUUGGAAUGCUGCAUUUUUUGAUGCUGUCCAUUGUGAGAGGAAGAAAAGAUCACCAACCACAAGGGGGACGCAGGAUGAAGAGAAAGACAAGAGGGAGAAGUGGUGUCAUAUGACCCAGGAGGAGAGGGAUGACAGCUCCAAAAUCGAUGAGAACAUUGCCUUCGGUCAGCUGGGGACAUUCACCCAUAAUAUGCUAGCGUUUGGGCUCAGUAAGAAGCUGUGCAAUGAUUUCCUGAAGAAGCAGGCAGUCAUUGGGAACCUGAAUGAAGAACAGUACAAGCUGCUGAGUGACCACAUAGAGAAAAUGGCGGCAGAGUGAGUUUGAGGGCGAUGGUUUUCAUUUCAGUCUCCACAUGACAGACUGACAGUACACAGACAUCAGAACUUUCUGAACUCAUUAUAGUGACCGGCUCUUCAUUUGACUGUUGUUGUAUUUGUGUGGUUCGCUGCUGACAAACAGUAUAAUCCUCUGAACUGUGCCAUAGUUGUAGCAAACACUGUUUAUCCAGCUUGGUAGUGCUCCUCUGAACCCUGUCCUGUAUCAGCAAUAAUACCAUAUCAUCAGAUGGUGCAUCCUUUCCUCUGUCUUUGACCUGCUCUACAGAAAAUACCAGUGUGAAGUGAAACCAUCAAGUAUAAACCUAAACAGCCUCAGUGUCAGACACUUUGGAUUUAUAUACAUUAUAUGUACAUUAUACAUCCUAUAUUCUGUUUUAGUCUGUGUUUCCCUGGUAACCAUAUUUAUGUUAGUCUAACACAUCUGUUGAAGCACUGUACCGCAUCAUCCUGCCUUGUUGCAUUUUCUAUAAACAUCUACACACAGCUCAGAGUAGACAGGUAUAAUAAUACAAGGCUCACAGUGUUUUAAUCUGUUCAGGAGGCGUCUGGUCAGUUUCACAUUACACUGUCACUGAAGUUGAUUACUGAAUACUCAUCUGUGCUUUCUGUGACAUUGAUAUAUCCUAUGGAGCAGUACAAACAAAAAACACAGCUUUAACAUAAUUUAAGAUGGAACUUUAUUGAUGGCAAUUUAAAAUCGGAAGAAAUAAUACCCCUCCAUGCCUUUGCCUUAAAGGAAGAGACAGCUGUCUGAGCUUAGCAUAAAGAAAUGGGGGAAAACAGAAAACUUCUUCUUCUUAAAGCUCACUGAUAAACAUGUUGUUGUUUGUUUAAUCCACACAAAAAGUGAAGUGUAAAAAUGGCAGUGUGUUUU